CUCAGCUUCGGAACCAACAUCUAUUCUCUUCAUUCUCUUCUGCGGAACUCUAUUCCCUCGCUGACCUAUCAAUUUCCUGUAUGUAUGAAAUUUUCUCUCCGUUAUACCCGGUCCGGUGAGUUUUUCUAGUUAAUCUUUUGCUACGAAGGGCUUUUUCUUUGAAAACACGAAGCAGCUGGAUUCAGAAUGGUCUGGAUGAACUCGGUUGCACAAUCUUUUUCCUGGUGAAUGUCGCGUCAAGGUCAGAAACUGCUAUGGCAGGCCUCAGGUCGAAUGUUGCUGCACUCUAACCCACUUAAAACUAACACUAGAAAUGUCGUAAUGGGAGCAGCAUCUAGCCCUAGCUUGUCGAUAUGGCGGCGGAAGAAGGAAAUGGGAAAGGAGGGGUUAAUGGUGGCGAAAGAGCUCAAGCGCCUGCAGAGCCACCCAUUGCGGUUUGACCGGUUCAUGAAAACCCAUGUUUCCCGCCUCCUCAAAUCCGAUCUUGUUGCAGUCCUUGCCGAGUUUCAACGCCAAAACCUCGUCCCUCUCUGCAUGAAGUUGUAUGAUGUGGUGCGGAAGGAAACAUGGUAUCGGCCGGAUAUGUUCUUCUACAGGGAUAUGCUCAUGAUGCUUGCCAGAAACAAAAAGGUUAAUGAAGCAAGGACAGUAUGGAAUGAUUUGAAGAGAGAGGAAGUCCUUUUUGAUCAGCAUACCUUUGGAGACCUUAUUAGGGCCUUUCUCGACAGUGGAUUGCCAGAUGAAGCGAUGCGAAUAUAUGAUGAAAUGAGAAGUUCCCCAGACCCCCCACUAUCUUUGCCUUAUCGCGUCAUACUGAAAGGGCUAAUCCCGUACCCUGAAUUGAGGGAGAAGGUGAAGGAUGACUUCUUG